AUGCCUGUCCAUGCUCAUGGUCACGGUUCAACACUGGCACGAUACCACUCCUACUACAUUCCACCAUUCGCCCUCCCCCUCUACUUCAUCUUCCUCCUGCUUGGUGCCUCCCUCCUCAUCGCGCUUAUCAUCACCCUCGCCCUCGUCCGGCCCUUACACAGAACAGCGACGUUGCUGAACCUCUGCGUCGCGUGGGUCGCGGUACCGCUCAUGCUGAGCUUCUUGCUGUUUGCAGGCCAAGUAAACAACCCCCAGCCCAGCUUCCCAGUCUGCCUCACCUCCGCCGCCCUCGCCCUGGGCGCAUCCCCGCUAGGAGGUUUCGCAGCAAGUAGUAUGGUAUUCCAGAUAUUUCUGCUUGUUGUGCAUCCUAUUAGGAUGGGGGACAACGACCGGUGGGUGACUCUUGCUUUGGUAGCGUUUCCGUGGGUUGCGGGGCUGGCGUACCUAAUCGCUACACUUGGUGUUGGCCUGGCUCACCCCAACCUCGUAAUCCGGAGCAAAUUCUACUGUAUCCUCGCCUCCGACCCAAUAACCAGCGCCAGCUCAGCAAUGAUAAUCUUCGCGAUGGUGCUCUCCGUCCUCCUCAUCCUUACUAUAAUCCUCAAAGUCUACCGGACGCCACUGCGCCGCCCCUCCCCGCCUCCUCCCUCACACACCGCAUCCGCCCAUACCCCACGCAUAAAAUCCAACCUCCUAGACUUGCAGCUCUGUCUCCGCCUGCUCAUCUUCGGCGGGUACGUCCUCUUCGCCAUCUUCGCUGGAAUAGUCGCAUUCUGGAACUACGCAAGUCUCGUGCCGGAUCUCGUACUGUCCACAGUACCGAUAGCGGUGUUUUGUAUAUUUGCAAGUCAGAGGGACGUCUUGCGCGCUUGGGGGAUCGGGCGAAAAACAGAUCGGGGCGAGAGGGGAGAGAGCAUGAGAGGCUCGCAGCGCCAGAGUACGGGGAGUGAGCGCAAGCCCCCGUCCGUGUCGAAUGAUCCCCUUGCAGAGCUGGACGUGCUGGAGAUGGGCGCAGGAGCCCCUGUCUCCCCUUCACUUUCUGUCGACGCUGCAACGCCGGACAGCACACUCGUCGGCACUUCUCUCGGGUGCCCACUUACACCGGUUCUGGAUGACCCUCACCCGGAGAAGCACCAAGGGAUGCAGGGAGAAGAGGAAGUGGAUCUGGCGGACGAAGAGUUGGAGCCGCCUUGUUUGGGAGAGGAACGGGUCAGAAGGUCGAGUUUCACCAGAACACCGGAGGAUGAUAGGUUUGUGCUGAGGUCGUAG